UAAAUACGUUCAAUUUUAAUAUUAUUAUUACUGAAGAUUGGUUAACAAGUUAUUUCAAAUUCAGUUUUUAAAGUGUGUAAAGUAAACCUACGUUCUCUCAAAAUUUAUUUGAUGAAAUAUUAUAACAGCAAUAAUAAGAAUAUAUCUUCCUAUAAAGAGAAAAGUGACCACUUUCGGAAGCAGUUAAAUUGGUAAAAUUACAUAAAAAUUGCAGACUCGGUUUGACAUAAGUUUGAGUCUGUACAUCAAUUAUAAAAAUAUAAGAUAAAACGAAUAACAGUACCAUGUUAAUUUGUAAACAGCAAUAACACAGUAAUUAAUAUUUCUGGUUCAUUAAUUUUCUCAUACAUCAAGUAUGGAAAAACACACAACAUAACGUUCUUGUUCAUGUACCUUUACUACAUAUUACAACAUUUAAUGUAUAACAUAUAAUUAGUAGUAUAUAGUGUAAAGUGUUCAUCAUUUAGAAUAACUAAAUUUUGUGUUAUAAUUGUUUUUCAUUAACUGAUCUUAUUGAAUAUCGUGUUAAAUAACAACAAUAAUUUUUAGAUGAAAUCUUAAACAGUUAAAACAUCAGAAGCACUAUUUAAUGCAAAGUACUUUAAACAAACAACAUAUUUGAAAAGGAAAACAAUGAGAAUGUAUGUAAAUAUUAUGUGGAUAUUAUAUCUGCUACUACUUGUGAAAAUAUGUGAGACAAGAAAAUCUCGCAAUAAACAGCGAGUAAAAGUGCAAAGAUCAAAGGACAUAGACACACAGUUAGACUCCAUGUCUAUACAGGAGUUGAUUAAGAAAAUAUGUUUGCCGCCUCAGUUUAACAGACUCGUAUAUAGGUAUCAAAAUAAUUCAUAUAUUUUCAUUGGAUUUGACGACGUAGAAAAAGAUACAGUGUACUCGAUGACAUGGAAAAUAAACAAAUUCAAUCAAGAGGCGCUAGUCGGAAUUAAUAGAAACAGAUUUACUGUCCAUCCUGCAGCAGAGAUCCGGAAAGAAGUUAAAUAUAACCAUUUAUUGGCAGCAGCCAACAAAAACAUUCAAGACAAAUUUCAAGAGAAUAUUUCCAUGUGUGGUCAGUCAAAGAUAACAUCAAAGGCUUGUAUAAUCCAGUCAUUCUCUGUGCUUGCCAGAAAAAUGAAGGAAGUAACUAUCGGAGAGAAAUGUCAAACAUGAUCAUAAUGCCGAUGUAAAAACUGACAUUUAUUGCAAAAGAGGUUAUGACCCUAGCUAGCAAACGUGGCAUUAAUCUGUGAAAUAUACAAAACAAAACCUGCAGAUGCCACGAAAAAUAACAACUGUAUAUUUCAAAAUACAAGGAACAGAAACAAUUACUGCAGCCAAUUAUGUUCAUUUAUAUUUUGUUUGCACGAUGAUGCCGAUUCUAGUUUGAAUUCAAUUUCACUGAGGUUCAAAUGCUUUAAACAAAAUUUGAAAAUCUUACAUAGAUCUUAAAGGAACACCACUGGGGUUUAUAAGAGUAAAACAUAACAUUUUAAUUUUUUCACAUCGAUUAUAAAUAUGAGAACUUUUAACAGAAAUAUUGAUAAAAUAUAAACAAGAAAUAUACAAGAAAAACAUUGAAAAUCAUAUGAUUGUGCCAUUUUCGACUGACUGAGUGAAAAGCGUUUAAACGCUUUUCAAUUUUGGGUCAUUUUUCACUAUUAUAAUAAUUAUUCUGGAAAUACGGAGCGAGCUAAUGAUCUGAAAUUUUGCACAUAAGUUAUUAGUAUAGAUCUACAUCAAAUGGAGUAAUAAUCUGAAAAAAAUUAUUUCCAGUCCCGUCAUGUCAAAAAACCUCAGUGGAGUCCCUUUAAAUAGAUCAAAUGGGCCUUUAAAAAAGAAUAUGUGUAUAAAGAAAAAAUACUUGAAUCAGAUGAAAAUCGUAUUAAGCGCGAUUUUUAGCCCGUUUUUGAUUAAACCGUUUGCAAAAUUUUUACUUUAAUGGUCAUUUUACACAACAAAGGUGAUUUUUCUUGAAAACGGAGUAAAUCUGAAAUUGUGUGCACAAGUUUUUAGUAUAGACCUAAAUGGUAUAAGCAUAGGUACAGUCAAACAACUCAGUUGUUUUCCUUUAAGUAAUGUACUUGCAACAUUUGUAGCAAUAAAAUAAUUUAAGCAAAGCAUGGACGCUAUAACGUUUGCAAAAUACGAUGUUUAACAAUAUGUUGUACAUAUUAUGCAGUGUCACGUUGCCUGUUAUUUAUACAUUUUCUUAAAAUUAAAAAAAAUGUUUUGUUUCCUUUGAAAAAAUUGUAGGCAAGCUUAUUCUUAGCCUUUUUUAUGUUAUUUUUUUAUUGCAUUUAAGAUGUCAAUUGUUUACCGUCAGUGGCAAAAAUGUUGAAAAAUGUCUGAGGUCAUCCAAUACAGAUUUGAAACAAUUAUUUGAAAUGUAAAACGAUGUCGAAAUGCUUGGACGAUAACGAAUUUAAAAGUUGAGCCUGUUUUAUAGUUCGUUUUGAUUAAACAAACAUAGACAUUAAAAUAACGUUACAACAUUUGUUUAGGAAUAUAACGAUAACUUUGCAAACUUGCGUGUUUACAAGCUACAUGAGGGUUAGCAUGUUACAUAGUUGCUUUUGUGCUUUAAUCUUGUAUGUACACAUUAAUGAUUAAAUGUCAUAAUGAUUUAAGUGUGAAUUGUUUUAUGAUUUGCUUUAGUUCUAUCAGUAUAUAAUCUGACCGCUCAAUUUAAUAGUUACAGUUUACAUCCUGGAAGUUACAAUGUGGGUAGAAAUAUAUUUUAUGUUUUUCCUUACGUACACGUCAUGACAUUAAAAUAAAUUUCUUCGUUCUGUUA